GGCGCGGGGUGGCCCCGGGAGCGGUGCAGCGCGGGGCGCGCCAGACGUGCGCCCUGCGCCCCGGCGGAACGCGGUGCCCGGCGCCGGGUGCGCGGGGGGCAGCUCGGAACGCGCCGGGAGCGGCGGGCAGGCCUGGGAGGACUCGCUGCACUCCUCGCUCCAGCCCAGCCUCCCGGCUCCGCACUAGCGAGCGGGCCUUUGUGCUGGCGGAGCUGGCCGAGCUGCUGGCUGCUUUUGUGUGGGCUUUUUCUUUCUUCUCUCCUUCCCCUCCCACUCUCGCAACGGUGGUCGAGAAGUUCCCCCAAGACAACGGUUUGCUCCUUUCAGCGUCGAUCGAGGUGUCCCCAGUGCCAGGGAGUGCCUAGCAGGCGAGGGGCGAACGGGGGCGGCGAUGGCCCCCGAAAUGUGUUCUGCCACUUUGCAGAAAACAAACAGUUGAGUGUUUAGCGCAGAGGUGUCACGGAACCUCCUUGCUCAGACUCUGAUCCGGUCCCCCAGGACGCGGCCGGAGGAUGCUAAUUACAGAGGUCACUUAACUGGGAAAGGGCCGCGGGUUAGACGCGGAGGAGGUCAGGCUCUGCUGAAGACUCCUGAAUGAUAGGGAGGUGCAGCCGGGAGGUGCCCAGAUGUCGCGUGGGCACCCCGGUCGCUGACGGAACACGACCUGUAUAGAACCCAAACGUGGAGACCCGUGAGAAAGAUGUCGGGGCACAGGAAAUUGAGGACCCCGAAGUGGGGCUCCAUCUCUGGAAUUGUCACUGCUGCCAAUUUGUGUGUGCAUUGCUCUUCCACUAUGAACAGACCUGUUUGGUUGCACAUUUGUCUGGCUUUCUGUAGCCUUCUCCUUCUCAACAUAGCCGCACCAUGUCUGGCUUUCCCCAAUAUAGCACGGAGGGAUCUAGCACAUGGUCAUGCAGAAAAAAGACAGUCAGAGAGCAUGAUCACUGAUGAACCUGAAAAUAGCUCUGUUACUUCACAGGACUCUCCCCAACUAGUGGUCAUUGAAGCUCUAGAGAAAGUAUUAGCAGAACCAUCAGCAGCAUCAUUACAUAAAGCCCUGCCUGUUGGAACUGGGCUUAUGCAGCCAAGUAACCCCAGUGUUAACCCUGCUACUGAACCAGUGAUCCCAGUCAAAGUGUUUGCUUCCAGCCAUCCAUUGAGAACAUCUCCUGAGAGCAGAUUUUCCAAGGCCGUGUUAACUAGCCUGGCCACUGCAACUGCUUCUCUGAAUAUUGACAAGAAGGAGGCACCCUUCAGUGCUACCAACAUUCAACCUCUUGUCAAAGGGUCCACAGAAGCAACUCAAGAUUUUCUGAAGUAUGUGCAUUAUCAGACGUUUGCAACCGAAAGUCAGGAAGGAAUUAGUCUAGGACAUUCACCUUCAUCCUACAUGACUACUAAGGAAAUGCUAACCACGAAGCUGCAGACUAAGAAACCUGAAGCAGAGACAGAAGCCAGGACACCUUUUCCCAGUGCUGAAUCCAUGACAGGUGCUGAGCCUGGGAGCCUCAUGCCAGAGUUGGAGGAACCUUUGCAGAUGACAGCUGAUGAUACCCAGUCUCCUGCCCCCAAGUUCCGACUUGCAACCGAAUAUACCCUGAGUGCUGAGCUAGAAACUGACAGCCUGCUGGGAGCCCCAGAAGUCACUGUGAGUGUCAGCACAGCUGUUCCAGCUGCCUCUGUCAUAAAUGAUGAGUGGGAUGACACCAAAUUAGAGCCUGUAAGCCAGAUAAAGACCCCAAAGCUGGGAGACAAUGCAGAGACUCAGGGGGAAAUGGAAACUUCUCAGACAGCACAACAGACUAACAAUGGCAAGGAAGGGGAUGAUCCCCUACCAGAGGUAGCAGAGGUGUCUGUGGGGCAGCCCGAAGGGGAAACACAAACAGUGCCAGCCCGGCUAAUGGUGCAGGGGAAGGAGGGGUCACCUACCUUCACCCACCAAAGCUCCUUCACACCUACAAGUUUUCUGGAAGAUUUGAAAGUUUCUGCUGUAAACUCCUUCCAAAAUAUUGGAGACUUCACAGAUUCCACCAAGGAAAGCAGUUCCAUGGUUUUCUUGGAGACCACUGUGUCCAUUUCAGACUAUACAUCUGGGACAUAUCAACCACUCAGAAACACACUUCAGGACACCAUCACUCAAGAGAUGACAACAGCUGUUCAAGAAGAAGAAGCUACUUUAUCAUCAGUGACAGAAGAGCAGCAGGUUUCUACCCAGGAGACUGCAGGAGAAAAUGGUGAGACGGAGGAAGGCAAGAAGUCCCUCCUGCCCACGUCUGCUAUUCCUGGGGGUACGCAGCUGUCCAGUCAAGGGGAGCUUCUCACCAUGACAAUCUCACCGACAACCAUCUCUCCAUCUUUCCAUGUUACUCCUGCUGCAGAAGAUGGAACAGACACAGUCACCAGGCCAAGUGAGGAAUUCUUCACACCAGUUCUGGACUCUCCAGGGACCCCCCCUGGGAUAACGGAGGAGCCACCCAGCAUUUUCCCAGCACUUCUCGAUUCUGAGGCCUCUUCUGAGACAAGAACCAUCCUUCCAUCCAUCCACCAUGUAAAUACAGCUGCCUCCUAUGGCCUGGACCAGCUCGAAUCUGAAGAGGGAGAAGAUGAGGAUGAAGAGGAUGAGGAGGAGGAGGAUGAAGAUGAGGAAGAUGAGGAGGACGAUGAGGAAGAUAAAGAUGCAGACUCCCUGGAUGAGGGCCUGGACAGUGAUGGGGAGUUGCCUGGUUUCACGCUUCCCGGUCUUACCUCUGAGGAACCCAGCCUCGAGCAGAGACAUGCCAGCCCAGUGGAGGGAAUCACUUACCAGAUGCCGGACAGCCUCCAGUGGGAGCAGCAGAAUCAGGGACUGGUGAGAAGUUGGAUGGAAAAACUAAAAGACAAGGCUGGAUACAUGUCUGGGAUGCUGGUGCCUGUAGGGGUUGGGAUAGCGGGAGCCUUGUUUAUCUUGGGAGCGCUCUACAGCAUUAAGGUUAUGAAUCGCCGGAGGAGGAAUGGCUUCAAAAGGCAUAAAAGAAAGCAGCGAGAAUUCAACAGCAUGCAAGAUCGAGUGAUGCUCUUAGCUGACAGCUCUGAAGAUGAAUUUUGAAAUGGACUGCAGUUUAAUUGGGAUAUACAAUGACAACAUUUUAUUUUUUAUUUGGGGGCAAAAGGAAAAAAGAACAACAUCCUACCACAUUGCUACUGUCAGUCCCAGUGUCUGCUGGAUAGUCAAUUUUUCUUAUAUUGAGCAGAAAAGGCAUGCUGUAUACUAAAUGUAGUACACAAUGUUUGUUUUUAUUCUGUAGUGAAUUUUCCACAACCACAGGCUACAGCUCAUAAGUAUGCAGCAUAUGUAUUGUUCAGUAGGACCUGCUAGAUUCAGUAGAUUAAAUAUUUUGUAUUUUUCCACUAUGUCUUUUCCUUGGUUUGUAUACCUGCACUAAGUAUAUUGAUUACUGCUGCCAAGGCACGCUUGACUCUGAAAUAGAAGUCUUAACAAAUAAUAAUUUUGAUGACUAUUUGCUACCUACUUAAUUAGGCUUCUGGGCCAAGGGACAUACUGCAUUUGCAUCUGAACUGUUGGCAACUUGAAAUGAAAUAUUUUUCUCCAAAAAGAUCCCUCAGCACAUUAGAUUUAUUAGACUUAAAUAUAGAUUUGUGUGUAUCUUGCAUUUUGUACUUAAGUUUCCCAGUUUUAUUAUUUUUAACUUCCUGUUUUAUUCUCUUGGCAAGGAAAAAAUGCACCAAAAAUGCACCAAAAACAAUACAUUAAAUUGACCCUCA